AUGAAUGUGCAUCAUUUCGAAAGAAGAUAUGAAACUCUUUAUGCAAGGACCAACUGCAGAAUCCGAUGGCCUUACAUAUGGGGAGAUUCUGGCUGUUCGAGUGUGAAUUCAGACGAAAACAGCCUGCGUGACAAGGACGGGCAACCAACAAAUAGCCGUGUGGCUCCAUGCAAACUUUGUGGUGUGUUAGACCUGUGCCUCAGGCCUCAAGGCAGACAGAAGUCAGAGAUUGUAGACUUGUAG